AGGUUCCUUCCGUUUCCACUUCUCGGAGUUGCGUACUUAUAUAUAGACAAACGUUGACUAAUGUAAGUGAUGUCAUUGCGGUGUGCUCGAGCACACACCACAUCCACCGGAAAGAUAACUCCGUUCCCGCAGUUUUCAUAAAGACACGGCCCCUUCGAACACGCGAAACCCUCGGCGCGUACGUGACGUUGACCCAAAAUGUUUUGGGCGCGCGUUGCGAAUUCGGCGUAUCUCCGCGUACAGAUUCUAAUUCUCGUUCUGGCAGGCAUCCCGCAGCACAAUCCGUCGGCGUACAAUAUUAAUUCGCACAACGCCGAGAUAUUCGGGAAACCCGUGCACGUGCCGGGUGGACGUGCAACGUACUUCGGAUUCUCGGUAGCUCUGUACGUGGGUGCGAACGAAUCUUCAUUACUCGUCGGAGCACCGCGGGCGAACUCCAAUGCGCUGCCGUUCGUGACGGAGCCGGGGACGGUCUUCAAGUGCUCGAUGAAUGGGAUAUGCAAGGAGUGGGUGAUUGACAAGACCGAGAACGGUCCGCAUCCUCGCAACAGGCUGAUCAACCAGAUAAAGGACAAUGCUUGGAUCGGUGCUACCAUCGCCGUGCAGAACAGUACGGAGGCUAGAGUUGUAGUUUGCGGACCGCGAUGGAUAAAUAAUAUCGUAAAUGACAACAAGCCGAAUUGGUACAUGAACGGCAUUUGCUACGCGACACUGGCGAGUAACGCUGAUGCAUUCGAGAGACAAGCGGAGGAGCAUCUCUUACCACUUUCGAACUCUGAAAAUCAAGUCACGUCCAAGAGCGGCGUAAACAUUUAUAACUACGGGGUGGGACAGACCGGCUUUUCUUUGCAUAUGAACUCGCGAUACACCGUGAAUGUCGCAAUGGGUAGUCCAGGUGUAUACAACUGGAAAGGCGAUGCGAUAUUAACUAUCGCCCCGGUGAACCGUCCAUUCACGCGCACGAUAGUUCCCUCGCUCGCUAGAGAGCCACGGAUUCAUAGCUACAAUUACUUCGGAUACGCUAUCACAGCGGGUACUUACUUCAAUGAGCAAGACGUCUGGUAUGCUUCCAGCGCGCCACAAGCCGCCAAUAUGCAUGGAAAAGUCCUCGUAUUUACUUUUCCCCCUACAACUAAUCAGCGUAUGUUUAUUAAAACGAUACUGUUCGGUCAACAUUACGGUGAGUACUUCGGUGCUGCGCUAACGUCAUGCGACAUCAACAAUGACCGUAGACAGGAUUUGAUCGUCGGUGCACCGCAAUGGUCCAGAGACAUGGACGAGGGUCACAUCUACAUCUUUACAGCGCGACACAAUAGUAAUUUAGAAGAGCUGCAGACGAUCGAAGGCAAGAUCGUCGGAGGUAGAUUCGGGUCUGCCGUGAUGUGUCUGGGUGACAUCGAUCACGACGGCUACGGCGACAUCGCCGUGGGUGCACCCUACGAGGAGGAGAGCGGCGGUGCGGUGUACAUAUUCAACGGGAACAGAGACGGCGUUUCCCGGAAGUACAGCCAGAGACUGGUCGGCUCGCGGUUCUCGCCGACGAUACGGGGAUUCGGUAUCUCCAUCUCGGAACCCCGAGACGUGAACCACGACAAUCACUCUGACAUCGCCGUGGGUGCUUACCUGUCCGACGAGGUGGUCCUGCUGAGAUCCGCGCCCGUUGUCACGGUGAACGUGACGUUGACGUACCUGCAAAAGAUCAAAUUGCUGAGAAACACCACGUCCUUCAAGAUCGACGUCUGGAUGUCUUACGACGGCACAUACGUUCCCGAUUCUCUGCGAGUUACCGCAGUUCUGAAGAUUGAUCCGCUGCACGGCCGAGCCACGUACUCUGCGCAGAAAAGUGACGGACCACAGACUUACAGAUUGCGCUACACGCUAUUUAAAUCUACGAUCACGGGUGAUCUGCUUGAGAUACAUCUAACGGAGAACAUUCAAAAUGUGAUAGAUCCGCUUGAGAUAUCGGUGUCUAUGCAGUUGGACGACGAUCUUCACGCGAAAAAUGAAAAUUCAUUGUGCGCAUCUUGCGUCGUGAUAAACAAGCUUCGUUCGAAGACCGAGGACCUCAUAAAACUGCCAUUCUCCGUGGACUGCGGCGAGGACAACGUGUGCGUGUCCAGCCUCGGCGUGACGUUGUCCACUGACUCAGCUCCGGGCAACAGAUACAUCAUCGGUUCUACGCCGAUAAUUACCCUGCGCGCCGACGCUUACAAUCGUGGCGAACCGGCGUAUCAGACCAGAGUGCGCAUCUCCGCCGAGGUGUUAACGUUAGCGAGUAUCCCGCCCGAGUGCACGGAGGACUAUAGCGUGAGCAGUGCGCUGGAUGUGAUCUGCGACAUCGGCAAUCCUCUCAGAACGAAUAGAACAUUAAUUCUGCAACUGGACACGAGUAUGGUGAGGUAUGACGUUAGGGAGGUGGAAAUACAAGCGAAUAUCACGACUCAAAGCGACGAGGCGAACUGGGAUGACAACAGUUAUACCAUCACUGUGUAUUUUGACGUGGACAUCGAUAUAGCGAUCGCCGGGAAAGCGCAGGAGAACUUGUACUCGUACCUGCGCGAGAACGAGAAGAAACCGCUGAGCGACAUCAGGUUUCAGCACCUUUACGAGGUGCAGAAGUUCGGCGCCAGUCCCAUCAAGGAGAUAAUGUUGACCGUGAAAAUUCCGACGCACCUCCGUCGCGAUGCCGUGGACGUGGCGAUCGUCAGUAUCAACGACACCAUCGGCAAAAUGGACGGAUAUGAAUUCUAUUGCAGCGACUCGAAUCAAACCGAAGUGCUCUCCGAGUCCAGUAAAGUCGCGUUUAGUCGCAAGAUCGCGUCCACGGAUGAUGCAAUCGUGAUGAACGCGUCGAGCGUCGCGAGCAAGAACACGCACGCGAAAUUCAGCAUAGAGGAAGACGCGCCGCUGAACGUGCCGUCCGAAAACAGAACGCUCUACAUUAAUUGCACGAAUAACGCGGUCGAAUGCGUGCGCAUCACUUGCAGACUGGGUCCAUUCCUAAGUUCUCUGUCGGUUGCGAAAUUUUUGGUGACGUUGGAUUUGCAAUUGUCGAGUUUUCCCGCUGACAUGCUCAAGCACAAAGACAUCAUAUUUUACGUGACUGAAGGUAGCGUUGCUAUAACGCAGCCUAAAAAUAUUGCUCAAAGGGAUGGUCACAAGCCGGACGUUACUUUGGUUGCAACCACAUUUUUGGGCUCGCCGAUAGCUCAACAGAUAGCGGUGUGGAUAAUAGCGCUAUCGGUGAUUUUAGGGGUUGCACUGUUGAUACUGUUAGUGCUAGGUUUAAUAAAGAUCGGAUUCUUCCAUAGAAAGAAGAAAUUGGAACUCGAGGCGUUGAAAGCCGAGACUGACAAAAAGUAUAAUGUGGUACUGGAGACAACGUCCUCGACAGAAGUUCUUGACCACGACUGAAUACACAGAAAUAAGAUUUAUAAAAGAGACUUAAUUAAUUCUAAUGCGUUUUUUAUUUAUGUACUGAUAUAGAUUUUUUUUUUAGAAAUAAUCAUAAUUGCGCAUUAACAUUACGACACAAAUAUAUAAAAUAUCUAUUUUGUACAUCUUCUUAAGGCCAGUUUUAUAAAAUAAUAAAAUUUUUAUACAAA